AUGGCUUCGGGAAGACUGAUCAAGCUGCUGGUUUUUGAGCUGCUUGAGUUUGCUGCUUUCUGUGUCCCCACGCUGGUGAUCAUGGAACAGUUUGCCGACACCUAUCAAAGCACAAGGGGUACACCUGACAAGACGCAUUACUGGCUGAUUGUUUCCUGUUCCAUCGCCUAUGUAGCUUUGGUGACUCUUUUGAUUUGGGUUCCCGUGAAAGUCCUCUUGUACAGGAAACGUCAUCUUUACCAAAAAAUCAUAGGAUGGAGACCUGUUUUGACGAUGUGCGUGUUCCUCACCACACUUCCCAGCUUCAGCUUUUCUAUAGCAGUGACCGAGGUUCAAAAGAAUAUUAAUGGUUCUGCUGAUACCUUACCGGAUAUGUUACCUGACCUGCCAGUCUCUCUGGUUCUGACUUGCUUGAUCGUGGUUGAUAUUAUUGAAAAACUCAGGAUAUAUCCUCUUAGAGGGAGGCAAAAGAGUAAUGAAGAUAGGCACAUCCACACGACCAAUCUGCAACAAGUCAAAACUGUGACGGAUGAAGUAAGGCGAAAUGAAGAAACCCCGACACCUCCGCAGCCAGCCAAGAGGACCCAGCUGUCGCGGCCGCCAGGAGCCACCACGGGGAGCUUCGCUCCUGAGCUGGAGGGACCCCAGGAGCCCACCUUUGAGUGGGGAAUUCUGAGGACACUGUCGCAGCGGGACGUGCGCGCAGAGGUCUUCCUCCGGACCUUUCUGCUGUGGGCCGACACCAUAGAAAUGGUGAGGGUGGCCGGGCACCCCAACGUGUACAAGUCAGGCUGGGUCUACCCCGUCUACAUCUUCAGUUUCAUUUCUCUUCUUCGAAUGACAUUGACUCCCCGGAACCCGCUUCUGAAUUCCCUGAGCAUCCUGCUUCAGGAUCUACCGUUUAUCUUCGUUAGACUUAGUUUAAUCAUUGCCCUGGGAACGAUCACACCCGUAUUGGGCCUGUGUAAAAAUAUACUUGUGACUCUCUCUUAUGUUUACUUCAAUUACUUAGCCAAAUUCAGGAUUUUCUCUGCCUUUGAGAGGUCUUUUUAAAAAGAAAAUGUCCCAUAGGCAAACCUCUUUGUUAUGGACAUACACACAUUUGUAAUCUUUCCGCGGGGUAAGGGUAAGUUUUGCACUAUGCGAAGAAAUGAAGAAUAGCUGGUAGAGAAAAAACUGUUUUUUAAAAACUAGCGUGUCAACUUUAAAAAUGUAUACAUUUAAAAAUGGUGCUAAAUAUAAGCAAAGUUAUAGUCUUAUAUGUCGGCUUCCUCGAUCUCUAGAAAAUGUUCGUAGUUGAUUUUAAUUACGUGGUCUGACUUUUUCUAAAAACAUCCUUCA